CCCAAUGUGCGUAGUCAUUCCAUCUCUUUUUGCGUUACCUGCGUUUGCGUUCAGUUGCAAGAUCAUAGAGCUGGGAUUUGAACAUUUGCUUUUCCGUCGACUCUAGCUGUCCAGAUGGGUUCGGUCAAGACACCUUUGGAGAGCGUCCAAGCAUGUUGGGCACGCGUCUCUCAGAACUCGCCUGUCUACAAAUUCUUCUUCUCGGACAUUGAACUCGUCAGUGCCACAGAUGGCUCCAUGGUCGCUCGACUUCCUGUCUCCGCCACUCUGCUCAAUUCCAAAGGUGGUCUGCAUGGCUCAGUUUCCGCAACUAUCGUUGAUUGGGCCGGGGGCAUGGCCAUUGCCAGUACCGGGCUAGAAAAGACUGGAUUGAGUACCGAUAUUCAUGUUUCCUACGUCUCGACCGCGAAAUUAGGCGACACUUUGACCAUCGAAGCCAAUGUCAGCAAGGUGGGAAAGAACAUGGGUUUUACCACUGUCACAAUAUACAAAGGCGAAGAGACAAAUAAAAGCGUGGUGGCCCAUGGCACUCAUACAAAAUACAUUCUUCGAGACCGGGAGCAGACCAACAGCUCGUGAGUCGACGAGAUACCUCAAUCAGCCCGGCGUCUUCUUUGCAUCAGGCAGCAACACUCCUCCAUUCUGCUAUGAUUCACUCGGACGUCGCAGAACAAACAUAUCAUGCCUAUUGCUUUAGAUCUCUAGCGACCGAUGACACAACGCAGGUCCUUGUGAGAAUUAUGGCGUGAGACAAAGUCAACUCGAAAUGAAAGUCAAGGGAUCAAUCGGCCCUCAUUAAGCCAUUCUGACCACAAGCCUCCGAGCUCUCCUGCCAAUGCAGCGGGUGUUCGCCCAUCACUGUCAACCAGAGUCCUGAUAUCUGGCUCACCUUUCCUGUCUUCUUUGCGCAAUCCCAAACCUUGCAUGGCUUGGAGAACAAGUGAUGGAAACUUGGCCCAGUCGAGUUGAGAUCCGAGAGCCAGCAGUAGCCAUGCCACCUCUUGUUGGUUAUAUCGAAUGGCGACGUGUAACCCCGAACCUUCAAUACCCUCGAACGUACCCCGGUAUCGCAAUAUGUCAGCAAUCUCCCCGUCGUCUUCUUCGUCCUCCUCUUCCUCAGAGUCCUUGAUCAUGUGGAUGAUGGCAUCGAUGUCGCCUUCGCGACAGAAUUCCAGGUAGGCAUGACCUUUCCGCUCUUCGGGGUAUGCGCGCAGGUAGGCUUCUUCGGUGGCUGCUGGGAGGAUGUCAUAGUGCUCCUGGACGCCGCCUUCGUUCCGG